AUGCCUUUAUCUACAAAGCGGGAUUCCUCUCUGUGGCGAAGCGUAUCGCAUUGGCCCUUUCAAAGGGAUUCGACUUUGCAAUCAAUCAUAUUUAUCUAUUCAUCCAGAAUUUCUAAUCUAUCCUCUUUCCUUCCUUCAUUUCUAUCUAUCUAUCUAUCUAUCUAUCUAUCUAUCUAUCUAUCUAUCUAUCUAAAUCUGGUUCUUUAUUUAUUUAUUUAUCAGUCUGUUCACAUCUAUCUAUCUAUCUAUCUAUCUAUCUAUCUAUCUAUCUAUCUAUCUAUCGAAAUCUCUUCAUUAUCUAUCUAUUUUAGACUAUUUUAUCUAUCUUUCUAUCCCAUCAGGUUCUUUCUUUCUUUCUUUCUUUCUUUCUUUCUUUCUUUCUUUCUUUCUUUCUUUCUUUUCUCAGUCUGUUCUAUCUAUCUAUCUAUCUAUCUAUCUAUCUAUCUAUCUAUCUACCAUAGUUAUGAUCUUUUAUGUCAUUUGCAUGUCUUUCCUUUUUCUUCUUUCUUUUUUCCUUUCAUUAUCAUUUCCUCUCUUUCUUUCUUUCUUUUUUUUGUCUCUUUUUUACUCGGCUUCACUUGUAGACAUUUUUCUUAUAUACUUUCUCUAAAUUUCAUUUGGCUUUUCGUUCUUUCUUUCUUUCUUUCUUUUUUCUUUAAUUUCUUUCUUUCUUUAUCGCGUUUUUUUUUCUACAUUUCUUUCAUUCCUUUUUCUUGUCUACUUUUUUCUUUCUUUCUUAAUCUCGGCUUUCUUUCGUUUGUCUUCCUUGUCUACUUUUUCUUAUAA